CACCACAGCGUUCUGUAGUUCAAGGGCUGCGAUCAACCUUGAUGUGGUUUCAAAGCGGACAGUUCUGGUGGAUCAUUGGCCCACGUGCUCACAACACCCAUCGUCUGGUUGGAGUAUUUUCUGUUCCGAGGAAAGGAUUGCAUCGCAGUGUCUAUGGAACCCAAGAGAUUCUGACAUGUGGCUUUAAGUGAAAACAGCAGCAUGACCGACAAACCCAAAAUUCAUGUGUUCAUGGGUGCCCCUCCCCUCACACCUGUGUCUGAUGUUGAUGAGGGAAAGUCUGGUCAGUGGAGGACCAUGGAGCUCUGCUGGCAGGGGGGCAGACUGAGGGCCAGGGAAGAUGAGGGUGGGAUCCAUGGAAGUGACGGUCGAGGUGAGGUUGACGCUUCAUCAGAGCCCGGAGAGCUGCCCAGUACCAGCAAGCACGGUACCAGUCUCCAAGGUCCUGAGACGCAAACCGGAUUUCCCUUACAGAGAGAACCAGGCUGUAAAGAGACAACCCAGGCUGGCCUGGCCCCUUUGGCGAGCUCAACUCCCCAGAAUGAGCAAACACUUGUUAAUGAUGAGGACAUGUGUUCUGAAUCAGUGAAGGAGUAUCUGGACAGCUGCUUCCCUUCCGGGCAGCCUGACCCAGGGCCUGAGUCUGCCCCUGAGAGAGCAGGCAUCCAGUCAGAUCCAGCCCCUGCUCAGUCUGUGUCUGUGGAGACGGAGUACCUCAGUGCAUGGACAGUCAGCCAGGCCCUGAUCCUGAGAGGAAGACUGGGGGGACAACCAGAAACCAGCCCUGUGAAAACCAGACUUCCACAAACGCCACCUAAAUCCACGCCAUCCACUUUCACCAGCUCCCCAGAGCUGUACAGCCCAGCCACCCCCACUCAGUCCCCCAGAGAGCGGGGCCAAGGAGGGACCCAGCAGGGCUCCAUGGAGCUCUUCUAUGAGCCCCUGCUGAGCCAGAGGCAGGAGGAAGGAGGGGUGAUACUGGAGGCCACUGCUGAUGGGGUGCUCUGCUCUCAGGGUAACCCAAUGGGGAACAAAGAAGUGGGUGUCGUCUCCAAAAGCCCUCUCCCAUCACCUAGAUCCCCUGUAAAUACCUCACCUGCACCCCCAGCCCCUAAAAGGAGUAAAGUCUCCCCCACAAUAGACAGAACUGAUCAGUCAUCAGACCAGACUACAGGGAAGGGUUGUGUUACUUCCCAAGCCCACACCACCCUGGCUAGAUGUGGCACCCAGGGAGUGCGUUACUCUAUCUUAGUGGCCGUGGUGCACCCGUGUCAUCUGAAGGAGAUCAGAGUGAGGUCCGGGGCGUCUGCUGGCUCCUGUAUCCCCCUGGCCUCUGUGGUGGUUACUGACCAAUCAGAAGUGGAGAUGAAGGUGGUCCUGUGGAGGAGGGCAGCAUUCUGGGCCCUGACUGUGUAUUCUGGAGAUGUGCUGCUCAUCACUGGUGUGAUGGUGAAUGAGGACAAGUGGAGAGGAGAGACGGUUCUGCAGUCGUCGUACAGCAGCAAGCUCCUCAACCUGGGCCAAGUCACUGGCAGCAGCUCACCUCUAGUCCCACAGAAUGUGAAUGGCCGGACACUGAGGUCUCUGUGUGGUUACCUGCGUGAGAAGCGUCCCCUGCUGGUGUCCCUCCCUCCUCGCGUCCCUCAGGAUCCUAACACCAUCGCCCACGCCCGUCUCAGGACCCUGAGACCUGACACACUGGUGCAUGCCCUGCUUCGAAUCACACACACUGAGAUGAUCACAGGGUGGCGAGCCGAGGCAGAGGGCACGUCCAGGGUAGGAGGAGUACUGAAGGCUGUGCUGACUGUAGAGCAGGGGGAUGGACAGCAGGGGGCAGUGGUGCUCUGGGGAGCUGCCUUGACCUGGCUGCAGCGUAUCAACAGGAACAAAGGUAAAGUCAGAACAAAUGCAGUGUGGGUUUUCCGUUUGCUCCUGGUAAGAGAGAGUAUGACGACAGGCCUGCUGGAGCUGCACUCCACCCCCUGGGGCUCCUGUGAGCCUCUCUUCCCCGACGACACGCGGGCGCUGGAGUUCUACCGGCCAGGCCCUGCCAAACAUACCAGCACCAGCUUGGAGAUAGACCUGCACACUCUCCUGUCCCAGAAAUACACUGGUGAUGUGGAACUGAGAGUUCACGUCACAGCUUUCCAGUUUCAAGGCAGCCCCUCCCAGAAUGCACUGCAGCGGAUGGACAGCGACACGCAUCUGGAGAGUAUCCUGGACACAGUGUCAGGUGACAUCACGUUCACAGGUUGUGGGCGCUGCGCUGCCGAGCUGGACACAGAUGACAACGGGAUCUACUGUCCCUGCUACCCCUGCCUCCCCCAUACUGGAGUACGACGCUAUUACAGGCCAGUAAUACUGACAGUGAAGAAUGGGGAAAGCCAGGUGUGUGUGCAGGUGCCACCUGUCCUGCUGCAGAAGAUGCUGCUCGACACUCCUCCUGACAAGCUGAGCAAGACGGUCGCUCCAGGGUCAGAUGUGAGGUUAGUCCAGGUAGUGGCUGAGAGGAUUUAUUCCUUGCUGUCCAUUCCCAGACGCACCUUCCUCCUUACCGUCCGCAGCCACUUCCUGUGUGACGAGAACAGUGUCCCCACUGCCCAGGACUUUCUACUGCUGGAUUUUCAUGACCCCAAAUCAUAACAUGUCUCGGCUCACUUGAAUCAACUCCAAAUGUCACAUGAAUGUAUUUGUACUACCCUACCACAGUCAUCACAGAUCUUUGAGGUAUGUUUAGGCCUCCCUGAAAGUACUAUGUUGAUAUGUAAAAUGGUGUCAUGUUUGUAUGAAUUUGUUGGAAUAUUAAUCAUUUUUCCUUGGAAAAUAAAAAUAUAUAUUUUCAGUGUA